GAUGUCUGCCGCGUCUGAGCUCCCAUUCGAAUUGCUUUCCGAAAUAUUCGACCUCGCUUACGAUGGAGACUACGAUAUUGUCAACGUCGGCUUUGUCAACGUCUGCAGCUAUUGGAGAGCCGUAGCUCUAGCAUCUCCCCAUCUCUGGAGCUGUAUAACUGUACGCAAAUCAAGAGAAGGUCUAGCCGCCAUCCUCAAGCGAUCUCAGUCUUGCCCACUCACCAUUCGCGCCACCCUCAAAGAUCAACCUUCCUAUGCCGUGCCACUGGAAAAGCAGCCUAUCGCAACUACCGCCUCGUCCAGGAUUCUCAAGCCGGGGCAAGUGUGGCAAGCUUCGCCGUCCUUGUACGAGAUACUCAAGAUCCUCUUCUCACACUCGCACCGCUGGAGUGACGUUUCUCUUCGACUCUCGCCUAACCUUUUCCACUUUCUCAACGACUUCAAAGGCCCCCUGCCCAUCCUCCGAAAAUUGCAUCUUGAGAUGAUCUAUACAUCGUGUUCUCCUUCAAAGGCUCAUAUAGUGUCGUUCAAAGCAUUCACAGUCGCCCCGCAGUUAACUCACCUUGUUAUCGUGAACAUCCUAUGUGGCGUAUCAUUUCCUGCGAGUAAUCUUCGCUCCGUUCAUCUCACACAAUUUGCCUCCCUUCAAAUGAUCUAUGAAGUGGUCAGAGACGCGCCCUGUCUGACUAAACUUGUCGCGAGUCGCUCCGAAAACCCCAUCAAACACGACUCUAUGCCACAUAUUGGACACUCCAUCGUCCACAACUAUUUGCGCGAAAUUGAAAUUCACCGUAUCCACAGUGUUGGCUGGCUAUUCGCAUCAUUUAUCUUUCCAAAUCUCGAGUCGUUUACUUUAGAGGACUUUUCCAAGGUCGAGGAUCACAAUACUAUCCCCCUACUGUCCCAUUUCUUUGCUGCAAGUUCGCCACCACUCCGCGAACUGUCUAUCCGUGGCAUAAUGCCAAACGAAUUCAUUACUCCUCUGCUCGGAGCAGUCCCCACUGUCGAAGAGCUCGUCAUUUCUCAAACCAUGCUUGCGGAUGAGCGUCGGGCCGACCUCCGCUUUGGUGAGCUUGUUGCCAAAACGCUUUGCGCGAAUAAUGGUUUCUUGCCUCAUCUUCGCAGUCUCGACCUUUACGCCUCCGCAUAUCCUCAUGGCGUUGGCCACUGUCGCUGCACCGGCGACAUCUUUGCAGACAUGGUUGCUUCGAGGUGGGAGAGCUCCUCGCAGGUGGUGAAGCUUGAGCAUUGCGCUGUGACGCGCUCAGCGGUGACAGUGACAGCCGCCUCUCUCCCGAUGUCGGCCGCGUCGAUACCAUUCGAGCUGCUCUCCAAAAUUUUUGGCCUUGCUUACGACGACCGGGACAUCUCCAAUGCUGGAUUUGCUGGCGUUUGCAGCUAUUGGAGAGCCGUGGCCUUGGCAUCUCCCCAUCUCUGGAAUCAUGUAACCGUACGAAAAUCAGGAAAAGGCCUUGCCGCCAUCCUUGAGCGGUCGCACCCCUGCCCGCUCACUAUUCGCGCCACCAUCGAAGAUGAUCCGUCCUACGUUGUUCCGGUACCAGCCCACGCAGUGCAUUUCCACCAGCCUCGGAUGAUGGCGUUUGGCAAAGCUUCGCCGUCGUUGUACAAAAUCCUCGAGAUCCUCUUUUCUCACUCGCAACGCUGGAGUGAUGUCUCCCUUCGGCUCUCCCCUAACCUUUUCCACUUCCUCGAUGACUUUCCCGGCCCCUUUCCCAUCCUCCAAAAGAUGCAUCUUGAGAUGAUCUACGCUACAGAUUUUCUUGAAGAUUCCCCACCGGUUUCAUCUAAUUGUUUCGCUGUCGCCCCGCAGUUGACUCAUCUCGUUAUCGCUAACAUUCGGCACGGCAUACUAUUUCCUGCGAGCAAUCUUCAUUCCGUGUAUCUCACACAAUUUGCCACCAUCGAAAAGAUCUUUGAGAUCAUCAGUGAAGCGCCGUAUCUGACUAAAAUAGUGGCGACCCGUGCUCAAAAUUACAUCCAGGACGAACGCAUACCACGUACUCAAUCCCCGGUUGUCCACAACUCCUUACGCGAAAUUGAAACCCACCGCAUCUACCAGGUUGGCUGGUUAUUUGCCUCAUUCAUUUUUCCAAAUCUCGAUUCGUUCAUGUUAGAGGACUUUUCCGAGAUUGAGGAUCGAGACACUAUCCGCCUGCUGUCCGACUUCUUUGCUGCAAGUUUGCCGCCGCUCCGCAAACUCUCUAUCCGCGGCAUCAUGCCAACCCUUAAUAUCAUUCGUCUACUCGCAGCUGUCCCCACUGUGAAAGAGCUCAUCAUCUCUCAAACUAAUCAUGGCCAUGGUUCACUCCCCUUUGGCGAGCUUCUUGCUCGUACUCUUUGUAUGUAUGGUGGUUUCUUACCCCAUCUUCGCAGUCUCGACCUUUAUGUUACCUUCGAUCCAGAGGAUGAUGUUUAUCAUGAGUUGAUUGGCAGUAUUUUCGCGGACAUGAUUGCCUUGAGGUGGGAGAGCUCUUCACAGAGGGUGAAACUUAAGCAUGUGCGCGUUGGGGGUUAUAAGCAUGGUUUCGGUUCCUCUGUGGUCGAGAGAUUUGAAUCUUUCAAGCGUCAAGGCUUGGACAUUAGCUGGGUUGCGCGAGACAAGUCCUUGGAAGAGGAAACACCCCUUAUCGAGUAG